UAUGACUAGCAGUCCAAAAGCAACUGUCGACCGGGAGCAGAUUUAUCAAUGGGUACAGAACCUUUUGAAUCCAGAAACAAGGGAACAAUCACUUGCAGAACUGAGCAAGAAACGAGAAUUAGUUCCAGAUCUUGCUCCUUUGCUGUGGCAUUCAUUUGGAACAAUAACAGCUCUAUUACAAGAAAUUAUUGCAAUUUAUCCCCUUAUAUCACCUCCCCAACUCACUGCUCAGCAGAGUAACAGCGUAUGCAAUGCUCUUGCUCUAUUGCAAUGUGUUGCUUCUCAUCAGGAGACAAGAUCUUACUUCCUGAUGGCUAAUAUUCCACUGUUCUUGUAUCCUUUCUUACACACCACAUCUAAACUCCGUCAGUUUGAGUAUCUGAGACUGACUAGUCUUGGUGUUGUGGGUGCUUUGGUUAAACCUGAUGACAAGGAGGUUAUUCAGUUCUUGUUAAACACUGAAAUAAUUCCAUUGCUGCUAAGAAUCAUGGAGCACGGAAGUGAACUCAGCAAAACUGUUGCUACUUUCAUCCUUCAAAAGAUCUUGCUUGAUGAUCAUGGACUUGCUUACAUCUGUUAUACCUAUGAGAGAUUCAAGAGUGUCACGAGUGUUCUACAGUCAAUGGUUGACAGUCUAGUCAGAGAGCCCUCUGGGAGACUUUUAAAGCAUGUAGUGAGGUGCUACUUGCGCUUGACAGACAACCCAAGGGCCAAAGAAGCACUAAAUCGCACUCUCAUGCCAGAGCAAUUGAAAGAUGGAAGCAUUAACAAGAUGAUCAAGCAGGAUGAUAACAGCACCAAGAGGUGGGUCCAAAUGCUGCAACGCAAUCUCAGCAAUUCCAAAAACACCCCACAGCAGUUUUAAUAAUCUAAUGAUGGACACUCAUGAUACUCUCCAUUCUUUUCACAGAAGACAUUUUAUAUGGCCUUGGUGUAUUUAGUCCUGUCAACGAUCAAGGCAUCAUUAGCUGACAUUUGACCGAUAGGAAGUGCAUUUGUGGAAGUUGAAAUAUUUAAGCAUUUGAAGAGCCAGUUUUCACCCUAAAGAAUGUUACAAUUGACAAGUGAGGGUAGAAUAUCACAUUAAAUCUUUCAAACUUCUCUUAAUAUUCAUGUUUGAGAUUGAUAGAUGUGAUAUUCAUGACACAAACAGGAUUUACACAUAUUAUGAUAACUGUAAAUGUAUACUAUUGAUGAUAUAUAACUUGUUUUUUCAAUAAUAUCUUAACUUUAAAAUAAGUAUUUA